CCGCCUUCCCUUCCCUCCGCCCACCUCCCCGAAGCGGAGCCGCCGCCGCCAGCCGCGCCGUCAUGUCGGCCCCCGCCGAGUCCCCUCAUCCGGCCGCCAGCGCCCGGAUCUCGCCCAAGCUUGGCGGAGCCACAGCCUCAGGAGCCGCCACGCCCGCAGGCCCGGGCCCGGCGCCGCACCAGCAGAACGGUCCGGCACAGAGUCAAAUGCAGGUUCCAUCAGGGUAUGGAGUGCAUCCUCAAAACUACAUUGCUUCAUCAGGACAUUAUCCUCAAGGACCUGGGAAGAUGACCUCAUUGCCGUUGGAUAGCCAGUGUGGUGAUUACUACUCCGGUCUCUAUACGGUACCGACACAAAAUGUGGUGACUCCUAAUACAGCAAAUCAACAACCAGGAGCACAGCACAUGUAUGGCAGGGGUCCUCCUGCACCUCAUAUAGUGGGAUCCACUCCGGGAUCUUUCCAGGGUGCCACAUCACCAACAUUGCAUUUGCAUACGAGUGCCGCCCAGCGGUACUCCCAUUUUGUGAAUCACUACAGUAGCCCAGCCAUGUACUCUGCCAACUCUUCUGUUGCUUCUCAGGGAUUUCCCUCUACCUGUGCUCACUACGCUAUGUCAACUGUUUCUACUGCUGCAUAUCCUAGUGUUUCAUAUCCCUCUCUGCCUGCCGGUGAUCCAUAUGGGCAACAAAUGUUUACCUCACAGAAUGCUCCAACGGUCAGGCCACUCAGAGAGAAUUCAUUUUCUGAUCAUAGUACAGCCAUCAGUCAUCCCUUACCGCUUCCACCUCCUCCAUCACACCAGUACCACCAGCCGCAGAGUCUUUCAGGAUGCAGUACUCUCUCGUGGUCAGCUUCAGGCCUUCCUUCAACCCAGCAUAAUAUCGUCCGAAACCACACUGGCUCCCUGGCAACAGCCAACAGCAACCCAACAAAUACUGUUACAGAUUCUUUAUCUUGUCCUGUUAUGCAAAAUGUUCAGCCUCUCAAGUCCAGCCCAGUCGUAUCCACUGUUUUAUCAGGAGCCUCAUCAACACGAACACCUCCAGCUGCAAAUCGCCUAGUUGAGCCUGUAGCCUCAGUUACAGAGCCAUCGGAGCUGCUACAACAGAAAGAAAUGAUCACUGCUCAGCAAGAGGGUACAGUCCCAAAGGAAGUAUACCACAAGGGCCCCAAGGUCAAAGAAGGCAUGCAGUAUGGUGACUAUGUUAAUAAUCAAGCUAGCUCCGCACCAACUCCCUUGUCAUCAACUUCCGAUGAUGAGGAAGAGGAGGAGGAGGAUGAGGAAGCAGGUGUCGACAGCUCUUCUACGACAAGCAGUGCUUCUCCUAUGCCCAACAGUUAUGAUGCCUUGGAAGGAGGCAGCUACCCAGAUAUGCUUUCCUCAUCAGCAAGCAGUCCUGCUCCUGAUCCCGCUCCUGAACCCGACCCUGCUUCUGCUCCUGCUCCAGCAUCUUCUGCUCCUCAGCCUUCAAAAAUGGCCAAGCCAUUUGGGUAUGGUUACCCAACUCUUCAGCCCGGUUAUCAGAAUGCUACAGCACCACCUAACUCUGGAGUACCGCCCAGUAGCCCAGGGUAUUCUGGAUUCCAGCCGUAUGCUCAGCAGUAUCCUGGUAUGAACCAGCUGUCCUCCAGUCUAGGAGGUCUGAGUCUUCAGAGUUCUCCACAACCAGAAAGUCUGAGACCUAUAAACCUCACCCAGGAGAGGAAUAUUUUACCCGUGACUCCUGUUUGGGCUCCUGUACCGAACUUAAACUUAGACCUCAAAAAAUUAAACUGUAGCCCAGAUUCAUUUCGGUGUACUUUGACAAAUAUUCCGCAGACACAGGCUUUAUUGAAUAAAGCUAAGCUUCCUUUAGGACUGUUAUUACAUCCCUUCAGAGACUUGACGCAAUUACCAGUGAUAACAUCAAAUACCAUUGUGAGGUGCCGAUCUUGUCGAACAUAUAUCAACCCUUUUGUAUCAUUCAUUGAUCAACGGAGAUGGAAAUGCAAUUUGUGCUAUAGAGUUAAUGACGUUCCUGAAGAAUUUAUGUAUAAUCCCCUUACUCGAUCUUACGGAGAGCCUCAUAAACGACCAGAAGUACAGAAUUCAACUGUGGAGUUCAUUGCUUCUUCAGAUUACAUGCUUCGUCCUCCUCAACCUGCAGUUUACUUAUUUGUUCUAGAUGUAUCUCAUAACGCAGUAGAAGCUGGAUAUUUGACAAUUUUGUGCCAGUCAUUGUUAGAAAAUCUAGACAAGCUUCCUGGAGAUUCACGAACAAGAAUAGGAUUUAUGACCUUCGAUAGCACUAUUCAUUUCUACAAUUUACAAGAAGGAUUAUCACAGCCUCAAAUGUUGAUUGUGUCUGAUAUAGAUGAUGUUUUCCUACCUACACCGGAUAGCUUACUUGUGAAUCUAUAUGAGAGUAAAGAGCUUAUAAAAGACUUAUUGAAUGCAUUACCAAAUAUGUUCACCAAUACAAGAGAAACACACAGUGCCCUUGGUCCUGCGCUUCAGGCUGCCUUUAAAUUAAUGUCUCCAACAGGUGGCCGUGUGUCUGUAUUUCAGACACAGUUACCUUCCUUGGGUGCAGGACUUCUGCAGUCCAGAGAAGACCCUAAUCAGAGAUCAAGCACAAAGGUUGUACAACAUCUUGGCCCUGCAACUGAUUUUUAUAAGAAACUGGCUUUAGAUUGCUCAGGGCAGCAGACUGCAGUGGAUCUGUUCCUUUUAAGUUCACAGUAUUCUGAUCUUGCUUCUCUAGCUUGCAUGUCCAAGUACUCCGCAGGGUGCAUCUAUUAUUACCCGUCUUUCCACUAUACUCACAAUCCUUCACAAGCAGAAAAGUUACAAAAAGACCUAAAACGGUAUCUCACAAGAAAAAUUGGAUUUGAAGCGGUUAUGAGAAUAAGGUGUACGAAAGGUCUUUCAAUGCACACUUUUCAUGGAAACUUCUUUGUCCGUUCCACUGAUUUGUUAUCCCUUGCCAACAUCAAUCCUGAUGCUGGAUUUGCAGUACAAUUGUCAAUAGAAGAAAAUUUGACAGAUACUUCCUUAGUGUGCUUUCAGACAGCCCUGUUAUAUACAUCAAGCAAAGGUGAGCGGAGAAUUAGAGUGCACACGCUGUGUUUGCCAGUAGUAAGCUCACUUGCAGAUGUAUAUGCGGGAGUGGAUGUACAGGCUGCCAUCUGCCUCCUGGCAAACAUGGCUGUUGAUCGGUCUGUCUCGUCCAGCCUGUCAGAUGCAAGAGAUGCCUUAGUGAAUGCUGUGGUGGACUCCCUGUCUGCAUAUGGCUCAACUGUCUCAAAUUUACAGCACUCCACACUGAUAGCACCCAGCUCCCUCAAGCUCUUUCCCCUCUAUGUUUUGGCCCUUCUCAAACAGAAAGCAUUUAGAACCGGUACAAGCACACGCCUCGAUGAUCGUGUAUAUGCCAUGUGUCAGAUAAAGUGUCAACCGCUUGUUCAUCUGAUGAAAAUGAUUCACCCCAACUUAUACAGGAUAGACAGACUGACAGAUGAGGGUGCAAUACAUGUUAAUGACAAGGUUGUACCUCAGCCACCUCUUCAAAAAUUGUCUGCAGAGAAACUGACAAGAGAAGGUGCUUUCCUUAUGGACUGUGGCUCUGUUUUUUACAUUUGGAUUGGAAAAAGCUGUGACAAUCACUUCAUAGAGGAUGUACUCGGGUAUCCUAAUUUUGCAUCAAUACCACAGAAAAUGACUCAUCUUCCAGAGCUAGAUACACUUUCAUCAGAAAGAGCAAGAUCCUUUAUAACUUGGCUUAGAGACAACAGACCAUUAAGCCCAAUUCUUCACGUGGUAAAAGAUGAGAGUCCUGCCAAAACAGAAUUUUUUCAACAUUUGAUUGAAGACCGAACAGAAGCCGCAUUCUCUUACUAUGAAUUUUUGCUUCACAUUCAGCAGCAGAUUUGUAAGUGAAGUGGAAUAAAAUUUGAAUAUGAAGAAAAAGACCCAUAGCCUAGGUAAAGCAUAAUCUGUCAGGAAAGCACAUCUAGGAUAUUUGAAACGAAGGCAUUUGCUGUUACAAGACAGAGUGCGUAGAGUGUAGCACCCUGAGGCUUUGGCAAAAGGUGAAGGGGAAGAAAGAACUUGACAGGUUUUCUUCAGCCUGAAUUAAUGGUAUUUAUGAUGCUGUUUCACCGAGUCCACUUUGAAUUGGUUUCUGCACAUUUCCAGUAGUGCGGCAGUGCAAGCCGGCACAUUUAGGUAGCUCUGUGGAAUGAUAACGUCAUAAUGUCAAAUUAGAUCAAUUCCUUUUUCUGAUAAUUGAUAGAAACUCUUCCGGACUUGAACUCUGUCUGACAAGAGAUGCCAAAAGGCAGUGGUACCGUGUUACUUGUUUAUAUGAAUUACUUUUUAACAAGGAAUGAUUUGUAUUCAUGAAUUCAAUAUUUUCCCUGUAAAAAAAAAGUAGCAUUUCAGUACAUGAACUAUAGAAAAAUAUAUAUAUAAUGUACAUAAAUGUUACAUUUGUAAAGAAAAUGUAAAAAUGUAACUACAAAAUACAAAUUGCUUAAACUGAACUGCAUUGUUGGAUGACAACUCCUUUUGUCACAGUUCAAGAAUGAGGUUGACUAAUGCGUGUUAUGAAUUGAGUCCACGAAAGAAAUACAAAACUCUUUGUAAUUCUGUUAAAUCUUUUAUGUGGAUUUAUUUAUGAUCAGCCUACUAAUUAAAAAUAUUUUGCUUGACAAUA